AUGUCCGAGGCCAGCAUAGCCAAGAUGGCGUCCUUCCACGCCGCCCUCCGCUCCAGCCGCCGAGUCCUGUCGCUAUGCGGAGCCGGCCUAUCCGCGUCAUCAGGCCUACCGACCUUCCGCGGGGCGGGAGGGCUCUGGCGGAACUACGACGCAACGACGCUCGCGACGCCCGAAGCGUUCCAAAGCGACCCGGGCCUCGUCUGGUUGUUCUAUGCCUACAGGAGACAUAUGGCGUUGAGGGCGGAGCCGAAUAAGGCUCACCGCUAUCUCGCUGCGCUGUCUCGGGAGAGGCCCGAGUUUCUGUGCCUCACACAGAACGUCGACAAUCUAUCCCAGAGGGCAAAUCACAACCUGGACACGCUGCUCCCGCUCCACGGGUCUCUCUUUGACAUCAAGUGCACCAACUGUGACUGGAUCCAGAAGGGCAACUAUGAUGACCCAUUCUGCUCGGCCCUCAGCGCCGCGUCGGUGGAUGUGCCGCCGGGCGAGACGCUUCCCCUCCUUGAUCCGAACCACCAACUGAACCCCAUCUCCAGGGAUGAGCUUCCCAAGUGCCCUGCCUGCAAAGUUGGUCUUCAGCGGCCUGGUGUCGUCUGGUUCGGAGAGAAGUUGGAUGACGCGGUGCUCGAACGUGCAGAUGAUUUCGUGAACAAAGAGCCGGUGGACAUGAUGCUGGUAAUUGGGACUUCAGCCCAGGUCUGGCCUGCUGCAGGUUACAUUGAGAUGGCGCGGGCGCGAGGCGCCCGAGUGGUGGUUGUGGAUCCGAGUGCUCAAGACGAGGCUGAAUCGUCUGGGGGUGAGCCGAGGGACUUCGCCUUUGCGGGCGAUGCCGCUGAGCUCCUCCCAGACAUGCUUCAGCCGGUUGUAGGCAGACUGCAGGAUGAUGGGACGUUCAGGAAAGACUAG